CAGUGUCGAACAAAAACGUCAGGUGAUCAUAUCGCCGUAAGAACUUCACUUUCACAUUGUUGCGAUCAUACAGACAGCUUCGAAUCGUCAAGAACUUUUGUCUCCGGUUAAAAACCUAUCGUCACCAUGCCAGCCCAACAAUCAGCCGAAUUCAAGAAGGCUGCUGAAGACAGCCGCAAGCUUAAGGCGAAGCCUACCGACAACGAACUGCUAGAGCUCUACGGCUUGUUCAAGCAGGGUACUCAAGAUCCCCCAUUCGAGCAGUCAAAAGCACCCGGCAUGUUUGAGUUGAAGGAGAAAGCGAAGCGUGGCGCAUGGGAGAAGGUGCACAAGGAAGGAGUCACUGCCGCAAAUGCUCAGAAGAAGUACGUUGCGCUCGUGGAGAGCUUGAAGAAGAAGUACGGACACAAUUGAUAGGCGACUGCAUUAUCCGCGGUGCUAGCGUUUAUGGUUGGAUGAACGGGAAAGAUGCCAAUAUCAAUGCGAAUUUCCCCAUGCAACCCUCUACGUCGCAGCGUCUGCUACUGACGGUGCGAUUUAAUUUGUGAAGGUUGUGCCAUUCCUCCGAGCCACCGGGUAAGCUAACGGCCCCAAACCAGAUAUACUAGUCGGGUUGCCAUGUUACUCGGCGCCCGUAAGAGACUCCAC